CUACUGAAUGGUUUUUCGCGUUCCUCUUCUUCCGCUCCUCAUGAUGACCAACAAUAAAGUGACGACUGUUGAUGAAGUCUAUAACGCUGCUCCAGAUUUGAGUGAUGUUGCGCCGUUUUUACCUCGUGCUAUACUCUACUACUGCUACCAAUUUCCUCUUCGCGAUGAUGGUUCUCUUAUAGUUUUUUCCGAAAAGGAGAAGGAGCGAGGCAAAAAUGCCAUAACGGAUAAAGAGCUGGCAAAAGUGCUUCAUCCAAGCCAAGAGUUUUCUAAAGUCAAGAAGGAAAUGGAGAAGUACUUUGCCGUACGAGAUACUCCCUUCUGGAGAGAUGCGCCACUACAUUACAUGCUGGAAGCAAACAUGGAUCUUGACGGCGCUACUGCAGCUUGGAUGGCCGAACCGAUUUUCACCAAAACCAGUUUCAUAGGAAAAGACGUUAAAAAUAAGCAGCAGGAUUUUCAUGGAACUAUUGUCAAACAAAUUUAUGAA